GCAGGGGUCCAAAGGGAAUUUCAAGUGUUUGAAAGAAAAGGUCUUUUACUGACUGCGGGGAGCUGUCUACGGUGCUGAAGCUUCCCAGGCGUUCGUCUGCAACACCACACGGAGUUAGAUUGCACAUUUUCGUUCCUGGCUUUCUCAUCCCCCAUGCCUUGGAUAAGACUAAUUUCAGGAUCGUGAAAAUCUCUCCGUAUCAUGGCCCACGUGAGACACUUUCGGACAUUAGUUUCGGGAUUUUACUUUUGGGAAGCAACACUGUUACUCAGCUUGGUUGCAACAAAGGAAACAGACAGCGCACGGUCUCGAAGUGCUCCAAUGUCACCUUCUGACUUUCUGGAUAAAUUAAUGGGGAGGACAUCAGGAUAUGAUGCAAGAAUCAGACCUAACUUUAAAGGCCCUCCUGUUAAUGUCACAUGCAACAUAUUCAUAAACAGCUUUGGUUCUAUCGCUGAGACAACCAUGGAUUACAGAGUGAAUAUCUUUCUUCGUCAGAAAUGGAAUGAUCCCCGCCUUGCAUAUAGUGAAUAUCCUGAUGACUCUUUAGACCUAGACCCUUCUAUGCUAGACUCCAUUUGGAAACCUGACUUGUUCUUUGCCAAUGAAAAGGGUGCCAACUUUCAUGAAGUUACUACAGACAAUAAAUUAUUACGAAUUUUCAAGAAUGGAAAUGUUCUUUACUCAAUAAGGCUGACAUUAACGCUUUCUUGUCCAAUGGAUCUCAAGAAUUUUCCAAUGGAUGUACAAACAUGUAUAAUGCAACUGGAAAGUUUUGGGUACACAAUGAAUGAUCUCAUUUUUGAAUGGCAAGAUGAGGCACCUGUGCAAGUGGCUGAAGGACUCACUUUGCCCCAGUUUCUGCUGAAAGAAGAGAAAGAUUUACGAUACUGCACUAAACAUUACAACACAGGAAAAUUUACAUGUAUAGAAGUGCGAUUCCAUCUUGAACGACAAAUGGGAUACUACCUGAUCCAGAUGUACAUUCCCAGUCUCCUGAUCGUUAUCCUCUCCUGGGUUUCAUUCUGGAUCAAUAUGGAUGCUGCGCCAGCCAGGGUAGCCUUGGGAAUAACGACUGUGCUGACCAUGACCACCCAGAGCUCAGGAUCACGAGCUUCCUUACCAAAGGUUUCUUAUGUCAAAGCUAUUGACAUUUGGAUGGCAGUAUGCCUCCUUUUUGUGUUUUCAGCACUUCUGGAAUAUGCAGCUGUAAAUUUUGUAUCAAGACAACACAAAGAACUUCUAAGAUUUCGACGAAAGAGAAAGAAUAAGACAGAAGCUUUUGCAUUGGAGAAGUUUUACCGUUUCUCAGACACGGAUGAUGAGGUAAGGGAAAGUCGAUUCAGCUUCACAGCCUAUGGAAUGGGACCCUGUCUGCAAGCAAAAGAUGGUGUGACCCCAAAGGGCCCAAACCAUCCUGUCCCGGUAAUGCCGAAAAGCCCUGAUGAAAUGAGGAAGGUUUUUAUCGACAGAGCCAAGAAGAUUGACACCAUCUCUCGAGCCUGUUUCCCAUUAGCCUUUUUGAUUUUUAAUAUUUUCUACUGGGUCAUCUAUAAAAUUCUUAGGCAUGAGGAUAUUCAUCAGCAACAAGAUUAAGCCUCUGGGGGAAUGCAAGUGCAAACGAUCAAUUCAAAAGAAAGUUUCUUUGCCAUAGGUGUGUGUAUACGUGUGUGUUUGUUGGCGUACAAACGAUGACCAUCAUAUUAAAAUGGCAUAUGGGUGGGUAUUUUAUGAUAUGCUAUGCAA